CAAACUCAGCUGGUUUGUCUCUGUAAACAAGUUAAGAGAUCAGCUGCGAAUCUGCCAGACACUCAGAAGCACAAGAGAGAGAACACAACCUCAGGAAAAGGCAUCUAGAGACAGACAUACAGACACAAACAAGGGCAAGAGAAGUGAAUAGAUGUGUGGAAAACAGAGCCAGAACUACAGAAGAAGACAGUUUCUGCGUCUGUAUAGCACACAUACACCCAAAGACAGGGGAAGAGAGGGAUAGAAGCAACCAGGAGUCAAAAGAGUGGGAGGGGGAAGAGUGAAACGGACCCUACUAGAAAGUCACCUUAUCAAUCUACAGCACCCACACUUCCAACAGAAUAGGACAAUUACUGUACAAAUAUUGAAAGCCACUCCUAGGGAAGCUAGUUGACAAGGGCAGUACAUAAAAAUAUUAAUACAAAAGCGACAUUCAAGCUUAGUGGGAGAAAUAACCUGAAAAUCUGAAUUUCUGGACCUGAAAAAAAAGCCAGCAGUUUCUUCAUCUAAAGCAGCUGUAGAAAUUACCCAAGAGUUUUCAGUUCAAGAUGGUGAAGCUGACCAAACCCAAGACCUUCCAGGCCUACCUAGACAACUGUCAUAGGCGUUACAGCUGUGUGCAUUGUCGAGCUCACCUGGCGAAUCAUGAUGACCUCAUCUCUAAGUCUUUCCAAGGAAGUCAGGGUCGGGCCUACCUCUUCAAUUCAGUUGUGAAUGUGGGGUGUGGCCCUGCUGAAGAGCGGAUUUUGCUGACUGGACUACAUGCUGUGGCAGAUAUCUACUGUGAAAACUGCAAAACAACACUAGGUUGGAAAUAUGAACAAGCGUUCGAGAGCAGCCAGAAGUAUAAGGAGGGGAAGUACAUUAUUGAGCUGAGUCACAUGAUCAAGGACAACGGCUGGGAUUAAGUAGUCAGAAAAUGCAGGAUGGAAGAAAUUUGUUUUUCAUCACACUUCAUUGUGACAUCAUUCCAAGAACUUGUCUACUUGGCAGACCUGGGUCGGGGAUCAUUCCCAGUUUCCAAGAGUUAUUGACUGUAUUAUUACUGCAUCUCACUAAGCAUGUGAAAACGAUGAGUGUGUACUGUGGGUGGCACACUUUUUGUGAUUGAUUGACUGAUGGAAGGUAGGGCCUACAAGCUGUACAAACUUCCACCUAACAAGUAAACUAUUUUUACGAGGGAGAAUGGUUUACUUUGGAUAUUAUCUCACUACGAGAACUAAAUAUGGGGGUUUGGUGCACAUAGUAGAUGAGCAGUAUGCAAGUACUUCUCAGGAGUUGAACAUGGAACUGUUGCAAUGAUAAAAUGCAGAUAGACAUAUCUACACUGAUAUUUUCUUUGGACUGUUCCUGCUGACUUAUUGGAGAAGGAGACAUGUCUUAAAUGUUCCACCAGUUAGCUUUGUGAGAGAAAUUUGCAAAACUACAGGAUUACUUAUGUUGCUAACCUUGCUGGUUAAUGGCUGCAUAACUGUGUAGCCCCAUUUUUCUGGCACCGUAAGUGGUAUGUACUUUGUAGGAGGCCCUGCUUCCUAAUGGUUGACUUCCAUGUUUAGACAUGAAAACACUGAGUCAUCUAACCGCAGUGGUGCACAUAUUUGGCAAUGCCAUAUCUUGCUAAAUUGAGGUGUUUCCGUUAGGCUGGCCUUGCGGUGCAAUUACAGCUUGGAUUUCAUCUGAUAACUGAUUAAAAGCAUGGUUGCAACAUUUGGAAGUAUUUUGUUACUACAGAGACUGACCUUUCCCCAAUUCAUCUCCUGUCACACUGACUUUCCAAGUAAUGUACUAAUGGGGAUAACUUUUUGCUGUUGCAAGGGCCUAAGAUUGGAUCUCAAUCCAGAGAGACUCAUCGUGGUGUUUUACUGGUUUGAACACUGUCUUCUGUCUCAAGCCCUAAAGCUUGAAUACCCUGCAUGUUGUCUGCUGAAUAACUGUUUUUAUUUUAAAAAGCCUUAGUUGUUGCACAGCUGAGAUUUCAUUUACCACAUAUUAUUGUUAGGGUUCCUCUUAUUUGUCCCGUAUCACCAGUGAACUUGCUGCAGUAGGACCUGUUCCAUGAGAAGGGUGGCAAAGUCCACUUGUUGAUGAUCUUAGAUUAAUCACCAACUUGUUCUGGAGAGUACCUGACUUUGCAAGAGAGACCUGUAUCGGUUGAUUAUUAAUGCAGUGAGAGUAUUAGAUUCCUGGAUUAGGUCACAGAAGCUGUAUCCCACCUCAGAGGUUAUUAGUUCUGGAGAGUACCUGACUUUGCUAGAGAGAACUGUAUCGGUUGAUUAUUAAUGCAGAGAGAGUAUUAGAUUCCUGGAUUAGGUCACAGAAGCUGUCUCCCACCUCACCUCAGAGAUUAUUAAUGUCGAAUGUAUCUUCUCACUACUACUACAUUUCUAGUCACUUUGCUUUCCAUUUGCUUCCUUGAAUUUUCUUGUCCAUCUACAGAUUUUGUUUUUUUUUCUUUUCCCUAAAAACUGGAGCUAUAAUGACAUUUUAAUUGUGGGAGAUAACUAAAUAAAGCAGAUGUCACAAUUGAGUCUUGGCCAGGGGAAGACGAUUGUUUUCAAUGUUUCUGCUCCGUGUGUAAUCGACCUUUUAUUACACCCUGCACAUAAUCUGCUCAUAGUUAAGUCAUCUUCAGCUGCAAUAACACAACUGCAUAGGUUAGUACAUCUAAAGUUGUACACUGAAAAAAACUUGUUCGCUUGGUUAUAUUCUCUGCUUAGCAAAAAUGCACUUUAUCCCCUUGCACAGUGAUGUUACCAUUUGUUUAUACUGUUGUAAUUAUAGCUUUGUAACACACCACAUCCACCUUUAAUGUUUUUAGCAAAGGCCAAAGAGAAUUUAUUUAUUACAUAACCCAGUCUAGUUGCUAGGACAAGUCUGACACGUUGUUCAUUGGGACCAGUGAACCACUGUGGUUUGUUUUGGUAAUGCCAACCCCCUUCAAUAGUUAGAAAUUUGUAAAUGUUAUCUCCCUUUCCUAGUCCAGACUCUUGAGAUGCAUGUAGGGAGUCCUGGGUGUAGUAUGUUAUAUAUGUCACCCCCCCCCACCAAGACAUACACACCUCUUAUUAGCCUUCAGUUGACAUAUGAAUAGUAGGAGUGAAGUCUUGAGGGUCAGUAAGAAAGCCCAUCCCACUUUCUUUGGAAAGAGAAAAAAAUGUUUACAGACUGACAUAGUUUACUUGUGGCACCUGUUGACAUUUGUUAAAAUUAUAUAUCCAAAGGUAACUUCAGAUCCCUCGUAGAUGCCACUGCUGUCUGUUGUGCUUGUCUUUUUUCCAUUUGUAAUUUUAUUGGUUGUAUAGAGUGUAUAUUUCUGUGUAUAUGUAUAAA